AAACAACCCUAGUUUUAGCUGGGUGAUCUCAUUUCUUUUUUUACUGGCCCGAAUUUCUUCUGCUUUCGCUGUUCUCAUAUCACAAUAAUAAUUCAAUCUUUUGAACUAAGAUUCGAACAAUUUAUUUACUCCGCGAUAGCUGCUCAAUUACAAUCACAGGCACUGUAAUCGGCUUAUGCAUAGCGUGAUUGUUGAUGCAAUUAAAGUUUUUUGCUGGCCGAAAAUGGAGAUUUUAUCAUUUGCCGCUGCUGUUGGUGUAGUUUGACGAAGAUUGUUAAUCUUCAUUAAUUGUCAUUCUGUUGCCUGGAGUAAUGUAUUCGCCUGAAGAUGUUGCCUGGGCAGACUCUUGCUUGAGCAAAGACCCAGACAUGCUUGAUUCUGGUUGGAAUUCUCUUAGAGAUGCAUUGUUUCCAGCUCUUAAUGUUCAAGAUGAUCCUUCUGCGUACAAGAGUAAAGAUUCUUCCGAAGAAGCCAAUAUGGAUGUCGUUUUUGAUGAGGACCCUGGUACUGUCGUAGAUAACCCGGAGGGGAAAACUGUCAAUGGUAUUGCAGCCGUUAGUGAGGGAACUAGCAGCGACCUCAGUAGUGAAUUUCAGUCUCUUCUUUAUGACUUAGAUGAGACACCAGUUCCAGGGCUGUCCAAACUGAUGGAAAUGCAUUCUACUCAAGGUAGAAAUGAUCACAAAUUAGAGACCACUCCUCUUAGUAUUGCAGAGACUAGUGAUCUUGCAGAAGCAAGCGGUGAUGGAAUUUCCAAAGAUGAGGAUGUUGAUGCUGAUCCUUUUUGGUCAAAGCAUAAGAUUGAAGAAGUUUUUCUUCCUACAUAUGAUGAAAACUUGAAAGACCUUGGACUGUCUGCUCCAGAGGUGGAAUUUGUUUUCCAAGAAUCAAAAUUGCAGCAAUCUACUGAAGACAUUUUCGUGAUAUGGGAUUUCGACAGUACAACUGAAGAGAAUGAUAUCGUAAAACAACUGAAUAAAGCUCUUGCUGGAAAUCCAGCACCUCCUUUUCUUGAUGAUUCUGAAUCAUGGAUAGGCUUGCAGGACGGGUCAGUCGACGACAUCAUUUCUGGAAUUGCAGACCUCUCGUUGAGCCCAAAUUCGAGUCCUAGUUCGGACAAAGAUGAAUUGGCAUGACAAGUUACUCAACUCAGGUUUAUUAUUUUGUUGUAGUUAGGAAGUAAAUCUUAUAUCUUUCUUGACAUAUUGAUGUAGAAUUUGGCCCACCCUUUAAAGGUGAAACUAUGUUUUUUUGCCUAGACUUGAUUGAGGCAUUCAAUCUAUGCAAUGUUUAUUCAUCGGCAAUAAUAGGUUACUGUUGAUUGCUUGUUUCA